AUGAUAACGAAACACGCUACAAUUGGUGCGUUAUUGGGACUGAGCUCAGUCGAGAUCCACUGCGGUGUGUUUAUCAUUGUUAUCGUAGUGAAAGGGGGACGUGAGGCAUUGUUACUUGAUGAGUUUCGUCACAGUACCUUCAGCAGAUGCCGCUCGCCUCUGGAAACAAAAACACUAAAAUUGUUGUACCCAUAUCAAAAAGAACACAAGACGAAAAUUCAUUCGGAUUGUUCCCCAAGUAGCACUGCUCAAUGA